UUAAGAUUUUUAUUCAAGAGAGAAUCUUGGAUGUCUGCUUUUCUCAUUCAAAAAUUUGUCUUCAAAAAGUGAUUUUUCAUGCUUGACCUUGUCCACCUUUGAACUCUAUUAAAGUCAACCGAUCAAAUUUGAAGAAAAAAAAAAGCUUUUCGUUUCACCCAUGAUGGAUUGGGCAACACUGCCAAAGGAUCUCUUAGACCUGAUCUCCAAAUGUCUAGAAUCUUCCUUUGAUCUCAUACAGUUCCGUUCUGUAUGUUCUUCAUGGCGAUCUGCCGCGGGGCCAAAGCGCCUUCUCUGGGCACAUAACCUCCCGUUCUUCCCCUCUGAUGACAAACCCUUUCUCUCCAAUGUAAUCCUCCGCGUCGCGCACCAGAGUAUUUUACUUAUCAAGCCUAAUGAACCGCAAUGCGAGGCGGAUCUGUUUGGAUGGAUUGUCAAGGUUUGGGAUAACAUAUAUGUAUCUCGUAAGAUGACCCUUCUCAAACCGUUGAGUUCUUCAAGAAACUACUUUCCUCAGCAUUUACCUCGUAUUUUCGAUAUGUCUAAGUUUACGGUUCGUGAAUUGUGUCGGGAAGUCAAGCUCUAUCAUCCUGAUUACUACUGUGUCCCUGGACACACAGCUUUAGAGUUGGAGUUGGGGAAAACUGUUGUCAAGUACCUAAAUGAUGACAAAUUCGUGUUGCUUACAAUUCUUGAAUAUGGAAAGUUAGCUGUGUUUAGGUCUUGGGAUCGAGAAUGGACUGUGAUCAAUGAUUACAUACCUUCUCGUUGUCAAGAUUUGAUUAUGUUCGAUGGACGUUUCUUUGCUAUCGACUACAAUGGGAGGACUGUAGUUGUUGACUACUCUUCUUUCAAAUUGACAUUGGCCGCUAAUCCUUUGAUUGGCGGCGGUGACAAGAAGUUUCUGAUUGAAUCUUGUGGUGAAAUGUUUCUGGUGGAUAUAGAGUUUUGCCUGAAUGAAAAACCGGAAUUCACAGGGGGUUUCUAUUCGUAUUUUAAUGAGACCACGGUCAGUUACAAAUUUAAAUUCUUUAAAUUAGUGGAAAGAGAGAAGAGAUGGGUUGAGGUUGAGGAUCUUGGGGAUAAGAUGUUUUUCCUUGGUGAUGACUCCACCUUUUCCGCUUCAACUGCUGAUAUUAUACCUCGCUGCGUGGGAACUGGAAGCUUCGUGUUCUUCUACACGCAUGAGGAAUCCUUGGUGGUGAUGGAUGAUCGAAACUUGGGAGUGUUUGAUUUCAGGAGUGGGAAAACAGAGCUGGUAAACAAACUCCCUGAAUAUGCCAAGUUGUUUUGGCCUCCACCUCCAUGGAUUACUACUUCUCAUGAGAGUGUUGAAAAUUAUACUGGAGAAACAUCAUCACAAUCCCAAUCUUGAGUUUAAGACCUUGGAGAUGACACUUCAACUUGAAUGACAAUGUUUAUAUGUAUUUUUCCAACUCUUGUUUUUUCCUAAAC